AUGGCUCCAUCUACCCUCACCCAGAACAUCAAGAUUCAGAGCCAACAGAAGAAUGGCGAACCUCUCCGUCGAGAAGUGUCCCGCAGUCUGUCCAUGUCGACUUCACCGCACGAGACUUUCCACCAGCGGAAGAUGUCCAUGGGGAUAGAAGGAAGUUCGCCAGGUUUAAUACGUACAAAGGGCACCGGCGCAACCCCGAAGCAACUCAAGCCCUUUCGAGAACAGGACAUCAAGAUUCUGUUGCUUGAGAAUGUGAAUCAGACUGGUCGAGAUAUCCUCCAUGGCCAGGGCUACCAAGUCGAGUUCAUGAAGAGUAGUCUCCCCGAGGACCAGCUGAUCGAGAAGAUAAAAGACGUCCAUGUAAUCGGUAUUCGCUCCAAGACGAAACUGACUGCCCGUGUCCUUGCCGCCGCUCGCAACCUCAUCGUGAUCGGAUGUUUCUGUAUCGGCACGAACCAGGUCGACCUCAAAUACGCCGCUGAGCACGGCAUAUGCGUCUUCAACUCUCCUUUCAGUAACUCGCGCAGUGUAGCGGAGCUGGUUAUUGGCGAGAUCAUCGUCCUAGCUCGCCAAUUGGGUGACCGCAGCAACGAGAUGCACCAGGGCACAUGGAAAAAGGUCAGCAACAAGUGCUGGGAGAUCCGUGGCAAGACCCUUGGCAUUAUUGGGUACGGACACAUCGGCUCUCAGCUCUCGGUGCUCGCCGAGUCUAUGGGUAUGGACGUGAUAUACUACGACGUCGUCAACCUGAUGGCCAUGGGAACGGCACGGCAAGUCCCGUCUCUAGACCACCUCCUUGCCAACGCAGACUUCGUGUCGUGCCAUGUCCCUGAACUCCCGGAGACCAUGAACAUGAUUGGCAAGGACCAGUUGGACACCAUGAAAUCAGGAAGUUACCUGAUCAAUGCGUCGAGAGGAAGCGUUGUUGAUAUUCCCGCUCUGAUCGCGGCCAUGAGAUCGGGCAAAAUUGCCGGUGCUGCACUCGACGUGUACCCCGCCGAACCGGCCGGAAAUGGCGACUACUUCACGAACGACCUCAACCCGUGGGCUGAGGAUCUGAGAUCAUUGCAGAACCUGAUCCUGACGCCACACAUCGGUGGUUCGACCGAAGAAGCGCAGAGCGCAAUUGGCGUUGAAGUCGCCGAGGCGCUGGUCCGCUACGUCAACGAGGGCGUCACAAUCGGCGCUGUCAACAUGCCUGAAGUUGCGCUGCGAAGCCUGACCAUGGACGAACCGAACCACGCACGGGUCAUCUUCAUCCAUCAGAACGUGCCCGGUGUACUGAGGAGAGUGAACGAGAUUCUGGGCGACCACAACGUCGACAAGCAAAUGUCGGAUUCGAGAGGAGACGUCGCGUAUCUGAUGGCAGAUAUCAGCAGUGUCAAGGAGGAGCAAGUCGCCGAGUUAUACAGGGAGCUGGAGAGUCUGAAGGAGAGAAUCAUUACGAGAAUAUUGUACUAG